AAAAUCUGUUUCUGCUUGCCUCCUUUGAUCGCAAUCAUGGCCAUCUCUUCUCUUCUCCUCAGGCCCUGCCCUCCUAUUCUUUCCACCAAACCAACCAACAGUCUCAGGAAAGAGACUGCAGAAACUUCACCCCCGAUCAGUGCAACACUUUUCAGUGAUUCCGAGUAUAAGCAUUCGUGGCUGGAAGAGCUAAAAAGAGCAUAUCCAUCUGAAAUUUCAAGCCAACUGGGAAAUGAUGAUGAAAGGUUUCGAGAAUUGGUGGACAAAAGCGUGGACAAUGUCAGAAUGUUAAUAGUAGACUCUGUGAAUCAUGCAAAAGCUGGCCACCCUGGAAUGGCGCUUGGGAUGGCUGAAGUGGGCUAUUUUCUAUACAGGCAUGCCAUGAGGUAUAAUCCGAGGAAUCCCAAGUGGUUCAAUAGGGAUAGGUUUGUCUUAAGUGCAGGGCACGGAUGUCUUCUUCAAUAUGUUUGUCUUCAUCUUGCUGGAUUUCAAUCAGUUCAGAUUGAAGACCUGAAACGUUUAACUAAGCUUGGUAGUAGGACUCCAGGUCACCCAGAGAACACAAUUACUGGAAUUGAAGUCACAACUGGCCCCCUUGGGCAAGGCGCCAAUGCGGUUGGUCUGGCCCUAGCAGAAGCACACCUGGCUGCUAGAUUCAACAAGCCCGAUGUUGCCAUAGUUGACCACCGAACCUAUUGCAUUAUGGGGGAUGGCUGUGCUAUGGAAGGCAUAUCACAUGAAGCUGCAUCGUUGGCUGCACACUGGAAACUUAAUAAGCUUACACUAAUCUAUGAUGACAACCACAAUACUAUUGAUGGUUCUACAGACCUUGCAUUUUCUGAAGACAUAUCAGCUCGAUUUCAGGCUCUAGGAUGGAAAACAAUUACAGUGGAUCUCAGGAAUGGAGAACUGAAAUUGUUUGAGAAUGCACUUCUCUCUGCUUAUGGUGAGAGAGAACCGACUUUCAUCAGGGUCAAGACUACUAUUGGGAAAUUGUCGAAGAAGGAAGGAACUUCGAAAGCUCAUCAUGGUACCUUUGAUGAAGAUGAUGUAAAACAAAUGAAACAAAAGGUCAAAUGGGAGAAUCAGCAGCCGUUCCAUGUGAUUCCUAUGAUCUAUAGGGAAAUGCAAAUUCAGGCGGAUCAGGGAGAAAAGUUGGAGGCGAUGUGGACAUCCAAGCUGCAUUAUUACCAAACUGCAUAUCCGGAGGAAGCGGCAGAAUUUAAUGCUCUCCUUCAUGGUGGACUAGUUCCAGGCUGGGAGAGUCUUACCGGUGUUGCACCCACCUUGCUGCAGCCAAAUUCAGUUAUAAAGACCACGUUUUUCCUUAUUGGACCUGAUUUCAGUUGCUUCUGCAUCUUUAACUCGUUAAAUUUCGGACCAUCGAUCCUUUUGAUGAAUCUGAGCAGUCAGCAUAAUAUUACCAAACUGAUCUCUGAUUCUCUUACUGAACAGCAAUGGUCAAUAACUGACCCAGUGGAUGCAACUCGAGGGUAUUCGGAGAAAUGUUUAAACCAACUUGCUAAAGUGCUACCAGGUCUAAUUGGUGGAAGUGCAGAUCUUGCCAGCUCUAAUAAAGCCUAUCUUCAUGACUGCGGAGAUUUCCAAAGGCAAAAUUACAAGGGAAGGAAUAUUAGGUAUGGAGUACGAGAACAUGCAAUGGGUGGAAUUUCAAAUGGUAUUGCGCUGCAUGGAGGUGGUUUAAUACCAUUUGCUGCAACUUUCCUUAUUUUCUCCGACUACAUGAAAAAUUCCAUCCGACUCUCAGCUCUCAGUCAUGCUGCAGUUACCUACAUUAUGACUCAUGAUUCAAUUGGCUUAGGAGAGGAUGGACCAACACACCAACCCGUGGAGCAGCUUGCUGGCCUAAGAGCAAUUCCUCGCCUAUUGGUUUUUCGACCUGCUGAUGGCAAUGAGACUGCUGGAGCUUAUAAGGUAGCUGUUGCAAACAGAGAUGUGCCUAGUGUUAUUGCAUUAUCAAGACAAAAGUUGGCAGCUAACGUGGAGGGAACAUCCUCAGAUGCCGUAGAAAGAGGAGGGUACAUUGUAAGUGACAACUGUGGUGAGGAAUUACCAGAAAUCAUACUAAUUAGUACUGGAUCAGAGCUAUGUCUCUGUGAAGCAAGUGCCAAUUUGCUGAGGAAGGAGGGGAGGAGAGUGAGGGUGGUUUCAUUAGUGUGCUGGAGACUGUUUGAUAGGCAACCACAGGAAUACAAGGAGGAUGUGCUGCCAUCAGGAGUUUCAAAACGUUUGAGUGUCGAGGCAGGCUCGCCAUUAGGCUGGAGGGAAUAUGUUGGGGAAAAGGGCAGCGUGCUUGGUGUGGAAGAGUUUGGGGCUAGUGGCGCAUAUUUGGAUGCAUUCAAGAAGUAUGGCUUUACAGAAGAAAAUGUCACCAGAAUAGCAAAGUCGCUUCUCUCCUGUUAAAACUUACAGAUAUUAGGAUGAGUGCACCCGUUUCCGAGAAGAAAGAGAUGAGGAAAUCUUAUUCCUUUCCUAGGUCAAAUACAUUCCGGCAUAAUCAAGCAGGCGCAAUAGUUUUCUAGCUAUAUAAUGAUCUACAAAUAAGCUGCUAGUGCUAGGUGGAGACUGGAGAGUUUGCUGGAUACGUUUCUGUUUCUGAGAGAUUAAGAGUUUGCUGGAAACGUUUUUUUCCCUGCUUAAUAUCUUUCUCGACUUGAUGAUCGUACUUCAUGAAGCCUGCAAUAUAUGUAAACUACUUGUUGAGAAGAAGCUUUCCAAUGUGCAAGUAAGCAAUCUACCCUGUCUGGCAUAGGAAAAUAAUGCUCCUCAAUUCAGAUUUAGGUCGUUUACUCAUGAUCUGAACCUCA